CAAUGGCGGGGCGCCUUCUUCUGAGCGACCGUCUCCUUUAAGAGGCGUCUUCUAGCUCCAUUCCCCGCGCCGGAAGCAGGCAGGGACGUCAAUUUCAGCCUGGUAGGAAAGGUCCCCCCUGUUGCGGGCUGGAGAAGGAGACGGACAGAGAGAGAUCAAGGCGCUUGUUUGGAGGAGAUGCCGGGACGGAGCCGGGCUCUCCGCUUGGCCAGGCAGUUAUAUUUGUAGUGUGCAACUAGAGAAGAACAGAUGCUGAGAGCAAGUUCUUGCAGCUGUCCGCUUCCGUCCGUUUUGGCCUAUUAUGAUGGAUGAAUGGAAACCCAACCCACCAGCCAAGCCAUGGAAGAAGCGCAGUUGGUUCCUGGCCUGGAAGUACAAACUGACAAACCAGAGGGCACUUAGGAGGCUAUGUCAGAUGGGAGCUGUGGUCUUUUUACUGGUGACCGUCAUAGUGAACAUAAAGCUGAUCUUGGACACUAGAAGAGCAGCCAAUGAAGAGGAGGAGUCUGCUCAGGAUUAUGAUGAAGGCCUGCAGAACCCAGAGAUCCCACGCCGGCCUAUUAAUAACAGGAAAGUUCUGGAUAUAGAGGUGUAUUCAAGCCGCUCCAAGGUCUACGUGGCAGUGGAUGGCACAACGGUUUUAGAAGAUGAAGCACGAGAGCAAGGCAGAGGCAUCCAUGUGAUUGUGUUGAAUCAGGCUACAGGCCAUGUGAUGGCAAAGCGGGUUUUUGACACCUACUCACCGCAUGAGGAUGAAGCCAUGGUCCUUUUCCUCAACAUGAUAGCCAGAGGCCGAAUCCUUAUUUUCACAAUUAAGGAUGAGGGCUCCUUCCACCUUAAAGACACAGCAAAGAGUCUUCUGAAGAGCCUAGGGAGUCAGGAUGCUGCUUCCCUCAGCUGGAGGGACAUGUGGACAUUUGUGGGGAAGAAAGGAGGUGAAGUAUUUGGUGAAAAACACGCCAAGUCCCCAAUGCUUUCCUCGUGGGGAGAGCCAGUUUUGUUGAAAACAGAAGUCCAGUUAACCUCAGUAGAAGAUGCAGAAUGCCACUGGCCAGAUACAGAAUUGAAUCGACGAAGGAAACAGUUCUGUAGCAAGGUGGAAGGCUAUGGCAGUGUCUGUAGCUGUAAGGACCCCACACCUAUAGAGUUCAACCCUGAGCCACUCAAAGACAACAAGGUUCUUGAUGUGCCUGUUGCUGUCAUUGCGGGAAAUAGACCGAACUAUUUGUACAGAAUGCUACGCUCUCUUCUUUCAGCACAAGGAGUCAAUCCUCAGAUGAUAACUGUCUUUAUUGAUGGAUAUUAUGAGGAGCCAAUGGAUGUGGUUGAAUUAUUUGGCCUGAAGGGAAUCCAGCAUACUCCCAUCAGCAUUAAAAAUGCCAGAGUUUCACAGCACUACAAGGCGAGUUUGACUGCAACAUUCAACUUGCAUCCGGAUGCCACACUUGCUGUUGUAUUGGAAGAAGACCUGGACAUCUCCAUUGACUUCUUCAGCUUCCUAAGCCAAUCUGUCUAUUUGCUGGAGGAAGAUGAGAGCUUGUACUGCAUCUCUGCCUGGAAUGACCAGGGUUAUGAGCACACAGCUGAGGACCCUUCACUCUUGUAUCGUGUGGAGACCAUGCCAGGCUUAGGUUGGGUGCUGAGAAAGACCCUCUACAAAGAUGAGUUGGAACCCAAAUGGCCAACACCAGAGAAGCUCUGGGACUGGGACAUGUGGAUGCGAAUGCCAGAGCAACGAAAAGGCCGUGAGUGCCUCAUCCCAGAUGUAUCUCGUUCGUACCACUUUGGCAUUGUUGGCCUCAACAUGAAUGGUUAUUUCCACGAAGCUUAUUUCAAAAAGCACAAGUUCAACACUGUUCCCAAUGUACAGCUUAAAAAUGUGGAGAGCUUAAAGAAAGAUGCAUAUGAAAUUGAAAUCCAUCGGCUGCUCAGUGAGGCAGAGGUUUUGGAUCACAGCAAGAACCCCUGUGAAGAUUCUUUUGUACCUGAUACUGAAGGAAAGAUCUAUGUGAUGUACAUCAAAAUGGAGCAGGAGGCAGACUUCACUACCUGGACUCAGCUUGCCAAGUGCCUCCACAUCUGGGAUCUAGAUGUCCGUGGGAAUCACAAAGGCCUGUGGCGGCUCUUCCGAAAGAAGAACCAUUUCCUGGUGGUAGGAGUUCCUGCCUCUCCGUAUUCAUUUAAGAAACCUUCUACAGUAAUUCCGAUUUACUUGGAGCCUCAAGCUAAAGAUGAAGCAGUGGGAGCCAUACCAGCAGGAGCAGAGCAAACGUGAAGCCAAGCCUAGAGCAUUGUCCAUUAUGCCUUCACCGCCUGCUGGGAAGAGAGGCACUGGAAGCCACGUUGUUCUGUGGGAUCUGUGUGCUGUUUUCACUAAUGGACUUGAGAACCAAGGGCAAGACAAACAUGGCCUCUCUUUCUGCCCUGAAACUGCCUGCUGGGUGCUGAUAAGCUGCCCUGGGAAGAUUGUCUCAGGCUCCUUCAGUAUUUUUCUAUGCCGCUGCACCAACUUGAUUGUCUCAUUUUUAACACUGAUGCUUUACUAAUUUUGGCCACCCUUUCCCCAAAUUGGGGAUUAGGCCAGAGGAGGAGCUAUUUACAAGGGAUUGGUUCCCUUUAGGAGCUCUUCCCAUGUUGCUAUUUCAGGAUAUUUUUAUUAUUAUUUAUAAACUCUGUGUUGGCCAGAAUCCUCUUAAAGGAUGCUGCCCAGCAUGAUAUUUCUGGUGGUUUUCAAGGUGGCAUUAUGAUGGGAAUCAAAGCCGUUGAACUCCUGUGGAGACAACAUUCAAACUGAGAAAAUUGUGAUCCAGGGACACAUCAUCUGAACCUGAAGAAUCAUUUUGAUCCAGAGGUGGAGGCUUGGUCCUGAUAUGUGUUAUUGGGAAGAGGAAUCAUGUAUUAGUACUGUGGAUUAUCCAUCAGUUGGUAGGGAUUGUCAUGCAAGAAAGUAAACUUCUAGCCUUUGUGUUUCUCUUGGGUUCUCCGACUUCCAACCAAGACAUCUUCUCUUACUGAAACUCUUGCACUCCAGGCUGACAGCAGCACAUGUAGAGGCUUGGAUGUGGGGCUUGGUAGUGCUGCUUUGCUGCAACUGCAACGUGGCUUGUAGGUUGUCCAUCAGAAGAGCCAGGAGGGGGUUUAGGCAGAAGUACAAAAAGUGCCUUGAGCAAGCAAAUUUUAGCCUAGGAAGCUUUGUCAGCUCCAUUAAGGUUUAAAUGAACUAAUCUGACCAACUUGGUACUUUGGGACCUGGCUUCUCUGGGCUUGAAAACCCAGACCAGGAAAAACAGUUGUUCCACAUGUGGCCACCCACAGCUGAUUGUUCGUACUGCUAAUCAGGUCAUGGCUAGCAAGGGAGCUUACUCCUGCCAUCUCCUGUGAAGCUUACAGAAUUCAGACCCUGUUCUGAAUUGAAUUGAAGCCAGACCUUUUCUUUACAGGGUCAGGUUACUAAAUCUUGUUGUUCAGAAGGAAGAUCUGGAGGUAUGGAUGUAUCCUUGAGGACAUUGGAACAGGUGGCUUCCUAAGAAAAGGGUUCUUCUGGGUUCCAGAAUGAUAAAAUGGAGAGGGAUGGAAGUAUGGCAAUUCAGGGAUAAAGGGGGAAUUGUAGUUUCCUCUUCCUGUGCCUUAUGAGACGAGGAGUGUCCUUGGAUUUGGAAUGUAAAUUUCCAUAGAAUGAUUUGGUGAACAAUGAAGGAAGGGGACACUGCCCACUAAGAGACAGUAAGAUUCUAGAUUGAUACAAUUUCUUCUUCCCCCUUUUUAGUGAUUAGGUAAUUUUUGUUGGUUUUGUGACUUUGUAUUUCCUGACCUCUACUCCAACUCCAGAUUAAUUAGACCUACAGAAUUGAUUGAUGGUGUCCUAGACUCCUUAAGAACACAAGUGGGUUAGCAAUAGCAAAGGGGUAAGCAACACGGUAUACAAUCAACACAGAGCUACUAAGGCUUCAUAAAUAAGGUACCAAGGUCAGCCAACUCUCUUCCAAAGCAAAGAUCCCUUUUGAAUUGUUUUACUUCACAUUGAUCAGACUUUUCUCCAUGCUUCAGUCCCAGUACUUUGUGUUGGAUGUCAUAAGGAAAUGAUUUUAAUCCAAUCCUGUUCAUAGGUUGUUGCAACAAGGCUAUGGGUUUAGAUAUGUUUUACGUAUGAAUAAAUUAUGCUGAAGAGUGGAUUGGGUACUACCAAACAAAAAUAAAAUCAGUGUUUCCAUUGCAACUGUAAACUCAAAAAACAAUGUCAUCCCCUUUACUUGAGAUGGUUUAUCAUCCUUCACACAUAAAUCCAGAGGCCACACCACUGACUUUAUCACACAUUAUGGAGAAGAUGUAAUUUCUUCUCCAUAAUGCGUGAUAGAAGGUCAACUGUCACUCUUUCCUUGCAAAAACCUUUUGUGGGUCCUUACACUUAGAAGCAAAAUGUUCGAUGCUCUGCUUUGUCUGUUCCAUCAAUGCAAUUAUGUUGAAUCGGGUUCUGAGAAGGACAAGGUUAAUCUGAAAACAAUUCAGUUCUAGAUUGGAUUUGGCUUUACAUUUUUUUUUAAAAAGAGAAAUGGUUUCUGAGAAGUUCUGCCUCAGAUCAGGUAACAUUUUCCAGACAUACAGAUGUCCUGCAUUUGAGGAAUUCUUAUAAUCUUACUCAAUUUUUUGUCAUUUCUUUUAUCCAGAGUGUAUAUUGUAGAGCACAUCAGGAUGAAUAUGAUCCCAUAUUAGGUCUAUAGUGUUGUGAGUUCUCAAGAGCUUCAAAGAGUUAUCUUGGACUACAGUAUACAAAAUCCCCAAAAAACAUGACCACAUGUCCAAAAGACUGACUUCUUCCAACUCUGCCAUCUUUUCAAAAGACAUAAUUAGGAGCUGACUUCUAAGAUUCAUGUUGCCGUCUGGUCCCUGCCUGUUCUUAUCUUUUUAAAAAUAUCUUCCUGUAGGUUUAUUUUUUUAUAAACAUUGGGAAAGAAGAGCAUAGUUUCCUGAGCUGAAAGGUCAUCUUGCAUGUAGCUAGGAAGAGAGUAGGGAUGACUGUUUUUUGGAAUCCAUUUGUGUGUAUAUGUAUUUGCCACAAAUAAAGGUGGUGGAAUUUCUUGCAAA